AUGGACGUGUUGGGCCUUUUAUCCAACAUCUCACAGGUCGUUGACCUCCUUGUCAAAAUCGGCGUCAUGUGCUCAAUAUACUGCUUCGACGUUAAAAACGCCCCCAAAGAAGUGCGGCUGCUCUUGAGGGAGGUCGAUCGGCUAACAGUUGUUAUCAAAGAGCUCGAAAUCUUACUCAAUGGAUCGAAAGGGGCCACCAAGAUAGAAUCGCCCGUCUUACGGCAAACCGUUUUCGACCUCCGCAAGCUGCUAGCAGAGCUAGUAGCGAAACUAGAUCUAGGAGCGAAGAAUACUUCUACUAGGGCUAUGUGGCCGUUUAAGAAACGAGAAAUUCACGAUAUUUUAGCUACCAUUGAUAGGCAAAAGGCCAAUAUUGUGCUAAAUAUGAGCAUUGAGCAAACAUCAAUCCUCGUCGACGUGCAUCAAGAAUUUGUUCUAUCGAAACUCAGAGUCGCAGAAGCCGCUACCUUCGACUCCAGCGUAGAUGGAGAGCAGUCGUACUGCCUUCCAGGCACGCGGACUGAAGUCAUCGCACAGAUCCGACAUUGGAGCACCGAGCAGAAUGGCCAGUCUAUCUUCUGGUUGAACGGUAUGGCGGGCACUGGCAAAUCGACUAUUUCUCGAACAGUGGCCCAGCUAUCAGGCAAUAAUGAUGUUUUUGGAGCGAGCUUCUUCUUCAAAAGAGGUGAAGGAAAUCGUGGGAGGGCAACAUUUCUCUUCACCACAAUAGCCGCCCAGCUUGUCCGCCGACUGCCGUGCCUCGCUCCUCAUGUCCGCGAAGUUUUGGUUCUUGAACCUUUUAUUCAUGAAAAACCUCUGAAUGACCAAUUCCAAAAGUUGAUUGUAGACCCACUAAGCAAGAAUCCGCGAUGCUGGGGGCCAAACUUGCUUAUUGUUAUUGACGCUCUGGAUGAAUGUGGCUCAGAGGAUGAUAUGAGAGCAUUGAUCGGCGUCUUCUCAAAGGCACAGGAUACGAUCAGUCCUCGGGUCAAAUUUUUUCUCACAAGUAGGCCAGAGCUGCCAAUCCGGCUUGGGUUCGAGAAAAUUGGUGGAAAAUAUGAUAAUUUGCUUCUCGCGGCAGUUCCUGCCACUACUAUCGCACUCGAUAUUGAGCUGUUUAUGCGAAAUAAACUUCAGACAAUCAAGGCAGAUUAUAACAUGUCCGUUUCCGAGCAUCGCAAAAUAGCAUCCGACUGGCCUGGAACAGAUUCACUGCAAAAGCUCAUUACUACAGCUAUUCCUCUGUUCAUCGCCGCAGCAACAAUCUGCCGUUUCCUGAGCGACCGAAGAUUAGGAAGCCCUCACCAUCAACUCAACAGACUUCUCGAGUAUCAAACAAUAAAGAUAUCGGGCAUGGAUAUGACGUAUCUUCCAGUCUUGGAUCGCCUGACUGCUGGUCUUUUGCCUAGCAAAAGACAAGAAGUCCUGCAAAGAUUCCGAUAUUUAAUCGGCUCCAUCAUCAAUUUGGCUCGGCCUCUAUCCAUUAGAAGCCUUUCUAAUCUCCUUGGGAUUUCAACAGAUGUUAUUGAAGAUCAGCUCGAUCUUUUGCAUUCAGUUCUUAGCGUCCCUACGGAUUUAGAUACUCCUGUGAGACUGCUGCAUCUCUCUUUUCGGGAUUUCUUGGUUGACGCUGAAGAAACACACUCCAAAAAUGACUUCUGGGUAGAUGAACAAGCAUCUCACUCAAAGUUAUUCUCGCAGUGUCUUGAGCUGCUAUCUCAUAAUCUCAAGGAAGACGUCUGUUGUCUUCAAUCUCCAGAAACACUCCAUUCAGAUAUAAGCCAAGCGGUCAUUGACGAAUGUUUGCCCGCCGAAAUUCGAUAUGCUUGCAUACAUUGGGCCUAUCAUCGCAAAUUUAGCAAUCGCAGAAUAUGUGAUAAUGACGAAACGCACAAAUUCUUGGCAAAGUACUUACUCAAUUGGCUUGAGGCGCUUAGUAUUCUGAAGCAAAGCGCCGAGAGUAUUCAUAUACUGGAUGUUUUACUGAGUAAACUUGACGUACGUGAUAAUCAAACAACAGACGCUCAAGCGGUUGGAAACCUUUUGCGAGAUGCACGGCGCUUUGUCUUCGCGAAUCUAGACACAAUGAAUAAAGUGCCGCUGCAAAUAUAUUCUUCUGCACUCAUAUUUGCUCCAGAACAGAGCAUCGUUCGAGAGCUGUUCGACACAAGCAUUCCUGAUAAAUUUCUCUUUCUGAUUGGAGGGACGAUGGAAAUUUGGGAUAUGAGAACGAUUUCUUGCAUCGCAGUGUACAAUGGAGUACUAUCCGAAUCUGUUCGUUUCUCACCUGAUGGCAACGAUCUCUUCUAUCUUACUUGGCGCAAAACUCUUCAGAUUAUGAGUACGGCUACAAGAAGCUGUGUCGCUGAGUUCAGAGGCCAUACAGACACAAUUACAUUCGCCAUGUUUUCUCCAGAUGGUCAACAGCUUGCUUCAUCCAUGGCUGGGUCGGGACGUCGGACUAUUGGAAUCUGGAAUACAAUGACAGCCAUUUGCGAGAUUGUACUGGAAGGCCAUAGGGCCCAUAUAUCCGACAUUAUUCUAUCAAGCGACGAAAAGAGAAUUGCAUCAGCUUCGUUCGAUAAAAGUAUAAGAGUAUGGGACGCACAAAAUGGGUCUUGCAUAGCCACAUACAUCGGCCACAGCGAGCCAUUAUACAACAUUGCUUACUCUUCGGACGGAACUUUACUUAUAUCGUUGGAUCACCAGGGUAACUCAAAAGUCUGGGAUACUAACUCAGAAAUACAGCCACAAAAAAUAGAAAGUCACGGAAGCGCAGUCCUCGAAGUUGUUCUUUCUCCAGACAAGAAAAGGGCCGUAACUACCGCUGGGGAGCGCACCAUCAAGCUCUGGGAUACUGCCACUGGCGAGUGUAUCACGACGGACGCUUUGUCAUAUCUCACGUUUUCACCUGAUGGCAAUUAUCUUAUGCUUGGCUAUGAGGAUGGAGCUGUUCGGUUAUAUCAUUUACCAACUGGAAAGUGGAGGAAAAUGAGCGAGGCGCAUGAGAGGCUGGUAAAUCUUAUCACAAUGUCAGCAGAUGGUACGACAUUGGCUUCUUACGGCGUUGGGGAAGUCAUAAUUUGGGAAACAGACACAUGUGCGUCCAUUGCCAAGCAUGAAUUAGCUUCCCAUACUUCAGGAAUAAGCCAAAUUCUUCUGCUUAUUACUACCAAUGUGGGCACACUUACAGUCGACCCGCCUACCCUUCAGGAGGCAAAAGCCAUAGGGCUUGGCUUGAGCAACGACGGCGAGUGGAUUACAUGGGAUUCUCGCAAUUUGCUCUGGCUGCCGCCCACAUUCAAAAUAUCGGCAUCGGAUAUUGAUGUCGCGGCAUCCCUGGUUGCUCUCGGGACUCGCCUCGGGCGGCUGCUCUUGAUUGGCAUUGAUGCCUCCAAAAUUCCUUCACCUACGGAUACUGUCGCGCUGAACCUUUUGGACGCCACGAAUGUGCCUUGA